AUGUAUGCGCAACAGCAAUUGGCUUACGCGCCGACUCCAUACAGCUAUACGCCCUCCAGCAAUCUCACUGCAACCAUCAAUCUCGACGAAGAAGUGAAGCUUGCCGACACAGCAGCUGAACGAGAUCUCUACGAAUCACUCGCCGAAAUUUACAGCAUCAUUGUCACUUUGGAGGCACUGGAAAAGGCGUAUUUGAGAGACAGUAUAAAAGAGUCGGAGUACACGGAGACAUGCGAUCGAUUACUGCGACAGUACAAGAGCAACUUGGCGGAUGAUCAUGUUCACGCUGCGUUCGGCGACUUGGAUCGCUUUAAGGCAGAAUGGAAUCUCGAUGUACCAAAAGCAACGGAGCGAUUGAAGAUUGGCCUGCCAGCAACCAUUGAGACCGCACCUAACCGUACGGGCUCACAGAUGAAUCGGAACAGCAACUCUUAUGGAUCUGGGAAUGGUCCAGGGGCUGCCAACGCUUCAGCUAUCGUGUCCGCGUCGGAGAACUUCAUCACGCUGUUCGAUGCAAUACGAAUGAACAUCCUGUCCAAGGACACACUACAUCCGAUCUUGGUCGACACGAUCCAGGCUGUGAACAAGGUCACGGACCGCGACUUUGAGAAUAAGGGCAAGAUCGUCCAGUGGUUGAUUACCUUGAACCAGAUGCGCGCGGCCGAGGAUCUUAGUCCAGAGCAAGCGAGGGAGCUGCAAUUCGACCUGAACGCGGCUUACGAAGGGUUCAAGUCGAUCCUCGAUUGA